CCCCAGAAUCAAGGUUGGUUGAAUUUGCUGGCUGCUCCAUUUCAUCUGCUACUUUUCUGCUAGCUCUCUCAGUCCAGCAGAUGUUUACAGCUGUUCCCCGGCAUGGAGGAGAUCCCUGUAAGAGCUGGGCGGCUGAUCUGAGUCCUGCCUGCUGUGGAUCUUGGUUUCUGGGUCCUGUGUGUGGGUAAACCAGCCAGAGCUCUGCUGACAGCAUUCUCUGCGGAUAGCCAUGGACUCAUUUGGACGGCAGGAGUUUCUGCAGUUUCUGGCGGAGGGCUGCAUUUUACCCACAGCUCAGCAGGGCCUGGAGCAGGUGUGGCAGCUUCUGCUCACCUGCCUGCUGUGUCGCAUCAUCUUCAGACUGAGUAUCCCAGCUCCAAUGAAGUACCUGUGUGCGAUAACAGAAGGAUUCUAUGUGCUGUUUGUUUUCUUUGAUGUGCACAUGGUGUGGGUGAUCAUCCUCAGCCUUAUCUGCUUCCUCAUCCUCUUCCUCUGCCGAAACUCCAGCAGCCGAGGAGUGUUUCUCUCGCUCGCCAUCCUCAUCUACAUGCUGAUGGGAGAGCUGCAUAUGAUAGAUGCAGAGACUUGGCAUAAGAUGAGGGGCUCUCAGAUGGUGGUGGCUAUGAAGGCCAUUUCUCUGGCCUUUGACCUGGACCGAGGAGCUGUGUCCUCAUUCCCCUCAGUGCUGGAGUUUAUGGGCUACAUCUGCCAUGUGGGAACGGUCAUCUUUGGACCGUGGAUUAGCUUUAGCCAUUACAGAGAUACUUUGGAUGGACGCAAAAUGAAUGUUGGGUGGUUUUGGAAGAUUGCGUUAAGCUUCACGAGGAGUCAGAUUUGCCUCGUCAUUUCCACCUGCAUCGCUCCCUACCUCUUCCCUUACUUCAUCCCUGUCUACGGAGACGGGCUCUCUCGCAGGUGGCUUCAUGCCUAUGAGAAUGCAGUGUCCUUUCACUUCAGUAAUUACUUUGUUAGCUAUCUGAGCGAGACUACCAUUGUUCUGGCUGGGGCUGGGUUUACUGAACACAAAGACAACCUUAAAUGGGACAUCACAGUUGCCAGGCCACUCAAUAUUGAAUUGCCCCGGUCGAUGGUGGAAGUGGUCACAUCCUGGAACCUGCCCAUGUCCCGCUGGCUGAACAAAUACGUCUUCAAGAGUGCUCUCAAACUUGGCACAUUUCCAGCCAUCUUGGUUACGUACACAGCCAGCGCUCUACUGCAUGGCCUCAGCUUCCACCUGGGUGCUGUACUGUUGUCUCUGGGCUUUAUCACCUAUGUUGAGCAUGUUCUAAGAAAAAGACUGGCAGCCAUCUUCAGUGCCUGUAUUCUGUCCAAACGCUGCUCCAGUGACUGUCAUCAUGAGAACAAAAAGGUUGUGUGGGUGUAUGCCACAAACCUGUUCUUCAGUGCAUUGUCCAUUUUUCACCUGACAUAUCUGGGCUCUCUCUUUGACAUGGAUGCCGAGGAUGAGAAGGUUCAGGGUUACAUGGCAAGUCACACCAUUCAAAAAUGGUCAGAACUGAACUGGGCCAGCCACUGGGUGAUGUUGGGAUGUUGGGUCUUCUAUUGGCUCAUUUGAAGCUGGAUGUGAAACUAUGGAUCAAGCUGAGGACCUUUUACACUCCUUGGAUUGAGAUCUUAUCGGACUCAAAGCAAAAGCAUAUCUUCAGCAUAUCUACAGACUGUUUAUACAGUGAUCAAGCAUUGCAGUUCCAUCAUUCCUGCUUUCACACCUUAUACUGACACUGUUCUACAGAUCUGUAAUCGUAACUACAUUCCUCCAUGUACUGUAUGUGUUAGACCUGAGAAAAUCUAGGUGAACAUGUUGUUCUAGUUUUUGUUACUUUUUUAUACAUUACCAAAAUAACAAUAAAGAUAUUUAUUGUUUUCUAAGAAAA